CGCUCUGCCAAGACUCCUCUUCUCAUGGUGCCCCGCGGCACGGAGUGGCGCGCGGCUGAGGCUCCGCGCGCUGCAAGGACUCCUCUUCCCAUGGUGCCCUGCGGCACAGAGCGGCUCCGCGCGCUGCCAGGACUCCCGUUCCCGUGGUGCCCCGCGGCCCGGAGCUCGGCGGGCUCCCAGGGCGCCCCGCGUCAUGGAGCGGCGCGUGCGGGAGCGGCUCCGCGGCGCCCUGGGCCCCCGCGGCUUCGAGGCGCACGCCUUCAAGGUUGGGUGGUACAAUGCUGUUCUCCAGCCAGCCUUUCAGCUCCCUUACCCAGACGACACACUGGCCUUCGUGAUCCUCAGCACACCUUCAAUGUUUGACAAAGCCCUUAAACCUUUUGUGAACAAAGAACGGUUAAAAAUAAUCAGAGAUCCUGUGGAUCAGUGUGUUUCUCAUCAUUUAUCACAUGUGAAGGAGAAAUUCCCUGACCAGAGGGUGGAUGUCAUGUUUGAUUACGAGAUCCUGCCGAGCCGAAAGCCCAAGUUCUUGGCGCAGACGGCUGCCCACGUUGCUGGAGCUGCAUAUUACUACCAAAGGAAGGAUGUGAAGCUUGAUCCUUGGGGGAACAAGAAGAUCUAUGGCGUAUGUAUCCAUCCCAAGUAUGGUGGUUGGUUUGCUAUCCGAGGACUCCUCGUGUUCCCAGAUAUUCAGGUACCCUACCUCGAACAGUCUGCUCCUGUUGACUGUGUGAGCACAGAGGAAAAAAGAAUUGAGCUGCUGGAGCAAUUCAAUUUCCACUGGAAGGAUGGCCGCUACAGGGACAUCAUUGAAGUGAAGGAAAGGUAUUCUGAGGAGCAAAAAGCCUACUUUGCCACUCCGCCAGCAGAGAGAUUCAAACUGCUAGGGCUGACACAAGAAGCCCAGAGAGGCACAAUUUACUGAGUAGCAUGGCUCCGUGGAGAGGCAGAGAGGGCAAGCAAAGCGUUAACUCAUCAGCACCUGCUCUUCCACUGUGCCGUGGAGGAAGGUGUGCUGAUACAGAUACGGCAAAUCCAAGCAGCGUGUGCAGCAUCUCAAUCCAAACAUCAGCUUCUCAGAGUAAGAGGGAGCACUGCAUCGUAGUACUUGUGGUCCAGAGGAAGGUGGGAGCAGUGCGUUCUGUGCUGUUGCUGAUUUGGCGUGUCUUUUGGGUAAGAUGCCGACUAGCCUUUAGUUGGGAAAAGUUCAAGCACCUUGGCAACAGGAAAACCCAUGCUGCUCAUUAGAGAAGUUAUUUUUGUUCUCACUAAUUUUCUUCCCAAAUGUUUUGGUUUUAUUCUGUGUCAGAGUAGAAAAAGUUAAUUUUCAGUCAUUGUACUCUGACAGGGAUUUUUUAAUCUGAAUUCUGGGAAGAUAGUUUUUUGGAUAUUUCCCUGUGUUAUAAUCCUCCCCAGGGAAUAAAUGCUCAGUCUUUUCAGUCUUGCCUUCCUCAGAAAGAAAUUUUGUCCUUUACUCCCUCACUUGCAGGGAAAUAAUAUAAAAUAAGUGAUGGCUUAAUUUAAUUAAGGUGUUUUUUAAUGUUUCCUUUCCUUAACAUCCAGAAGAAAUUUCUCCAGGGAUUGUUUCAUUGAGUAGCGUUGUCCCGUAUGUGGAGCAGGAGUGAGCAAAGCGCAGCCCACAGCAGCCGCCGCCUUCAGGGUAGUUGGGAAAGGGAGGAAGGGACAGUACAAGGUCACAGCCUAAGGCUGAUACAUUUCCUCUUCACCCAGGGUCAGCAUCCCUGAAGAAGGUGACAUCCUUAGGUCAAUUCUAAGCACUUUCCACUGUAUAGGGCAGCCAGCUCAAAUCUUGGGAAAGGUGCUGAAAAAUGUCUAUGUCAUUUCAUUUCUUAGUCACAUUAAGAUAAGUGACUGAAAAAGACUAUUUUCAUGACCUUUUUCUAAGGUAGAUGAGGUUUGUAUUUAUAAUAUUUUUCAGUGUUGUGCCACAACCUCCCACUCGCCACAGCCUUACUGCCAUAGCUUCCUGUUGUACUUUCCUUAUGGGGAACAUCAUAAACCUGCACGCACAAAAAAAAACCUUGCAGGAAGCAUCGUCACAUGCGCAGGCGAACAAGGAGAGAAAAAAAAGAUGUUCAUGUUACUUAUAUUGCUGGAUAAAACAUUUCAGACAGAAACAUAACAAUGUUUUAGAUUACUUUGUCCUGUUAGAUUUGUUCAGAGGUUACAGUGGUAGUGGGAAUCAAGAAUUAAUUUAUCUUUGAGCACUUUGAGGCUCAAGCUGCAAUAAAUAGUAUAAUAAUAAAUCAGACUAAUAUUUUGUCAGGGUUUUGCUGCUUGACUGCAGUGCAAUGCUGCAAAUCACUAAGCACUUUUUCCCUUUCCUUGAUGCCAACACAAUGAUGUGAAAAUACUCACUUUGCAGAACUGAGCCCUUUCUUUUAAUUUGACAUUGUGAUUCUUUAUACCAUUUGGAGACCCUGAUACUAAGUUCACCCUCAAAAUGAGUCACUUCUUGGUACGGUUUUUCAUAGUCUAUAAACUAAGCACAAUCAGAAUUCAGCAUAGGAAGUUUGUUUUCCUGUGAACACAGCAGUGUGCAUGUGGUCGCUGGGUUUGGUUCAGUGUAUUUGCUGCUGGAAAUGACAGGUUUUGUUUUUCUCCAUGCUUUGUUCACCAGUGUGACUAAGGCAGACACCUGACUUACUGUGUGAUCGUGCUAUUGUGAUUUUUAAUUUAAGCAAAAUAAUGAAAAUUGCUUCAAUUCUGUUCUUUUGCUGUCAAAUUACGUCUGGUUGAAAUGUUGGUUGACCUUACAAAACUUUCCUACCUAACUGCAAUUUAGCAGGGACUUAAGUUGAUGGUUCAUAUUAGUAAAUUAUACAAAAUACUGAUUCUCUUACAAGGAUAAAUACAGAACAGAAUCAGAUUUAUCUUUUUAUGUUACCAUUUAAAGUAAAAUAUUUUCCUAUUUUGGGGUUGAUUUUUUAAUAUAUUGUCUCAGUUAAUUUAUUAAACAAAUUACCAUAGCCAUUACAUUUCAUUUUUUGUAAUUUAUUUCUCUUUACCUGGUAUUUUGGUUAAUAAAACAUGCAAAAUUGUCAGUA